UUGCCAGGUGAUCUCUUUUUAUGGCCUGACUACUUUAACAGAAACGGGACUGCCACGCACGCGUCCUUGAUGUCUACGGUACUGCUGCUGGUUGGUCUCCGAUCGAUGAGCGGUUAUCCGAAUGACGCGAAGGUACUGAGCGUGUUGCUGGGCUUCCAGCGGGAGAUCCGCGCGUUCAUAGCAUCGCCAGACCAGUGCAACUUGUCCAGAACGUCCUGGUGGCUCUAUCGCUCGUGUCGAAGUGCUGGUUCAGCUCGUUCGUGGCCGGUGGACGAGGAGCUCAACGCUUUAGCGCAACGUCUUCAUGCUAGACUGGCAAAAGGUGGGCGCAGCGACGUCCGCAAGAAGAGGAAUCAGCUGAGACUGAGUGCGGCUCAAGUGCGCGUGCUGCUACGCAAUCUACUUCUCGUGGCGUCUGGACUGCGACCGUCGUGUCUGGUGGACUGCUGUGCGUUGACGAAGGAGCAGGCUGGGCUCUUACUGAGCUGUCUAGCAGACGAACACGAGUUGUAUCGUCAAUGGCUCGAAGCCGGCCGAGUCCGUGCGGUGCUGUUGAACGGUAAUGUCUUCUUCGUGAACGUGGACGCAUUCAUUCGCGAGAAGAUGGCGACGGGGCUGCAGUAUCAGAUGUAUGUGGACGUCAGCAUCACCCUCGAUCGGCCUAAACGCAUUAGCAAUAACUCCGAGGCUGAAGCUUUGCGACUGCACGCGUUUGCUGUGUGGACUAUCCAAGCUUGCAAGGAAUUGUUGUCUUCAGCCUCUCAAGUGCUGGAGCUGAAGCGACCGUCGACAUUUAAUGCGACUGCAUUAGCAGGCUUAUUACUGUGCUACCCGUGCGUAUACGACAUGCUGGUGGACAGUGAUAAAGCUGUAGAUGAGUGGAGCGAGCAGGAGAACUGCCUCGCCAUGUGUCCGCUCUUCUUGUUGCAGACUGCGGCUCUAUUACCACAGCAGAUGGAAAUCGCGCUGCAUGAGUUCACGGUGCCGCAGCAUCUGCUUGACGACUGUAGCGACGAGGUGCAGGAACAAGAAAACGAUCGUGAUGUUGCUUCUUCACCGCUAUUGAAGCUGCUCCGAGCGCGCUGCCUAUUGCAACUGCGGCGAUCAAUUGAUCAUAGCUGCUUGGCGUCCAGCAUCGAAGCUCAAGUACAUGUCCACGCCUGCACGCUGCACCACGUCGCAUUGUGACCGAAAGCUACAUCCGAAUUGUUAGCACCACAACUGAUCUGUAUACUUAAAGGUGUUCGUAAGUAUCCGUUUGUACUUCAUUUCAGUAAGCUGAACACUUGUACAGUUCACGAUGUGGUUACACUUAUUUAUGUAAGCUGAACACAACGCGCAACGUACUUGAGCCUAAUUGAGCCCAGUUUGUAACAGUCGUCAUGGGAGCGUCGCCUUCCAAGCAGCGUCGGCUCUAUCGACCGUUUAACGCCGGCGAGUUCACAGUCGCAUGGCUCACGUUUAAGGGCGAUGCCGUGGAGGACGAGGAGCAGCGCUAUGUAGCCAAGAAGGAGGGGCUACUGUCGUCCAAGCUACUCCGCGGACUCUUCGGCGAAACAACAAUGCAGUGCUUCGAGGUGAUGCCGGGGGAUACCAUUCCUAAGGAGGCAUUCGUCUGCAUCUUGGCAUUGUUCUACGAAGGCAAUACAGAGGACCGGAUCAGCUACAUCUUCAACAUGUACAACAUCAUUUUCUCAGGGGAGAACACCAACAAUGAAGACGGAUUCAUUGCGGAGAAGGAUUAUCUGUAUUUGCUAAACUACCUGGAGGAGUACAUGCCGGUGCCCAAACAACUCUACGCUGCGUUUGAAGAAUGUAUGAUUCCGAUGGCGGGACUGCUGUCAAACUCGCAGUUUAUCACAUGGGUGCGCCAAUAUCCAGACGUCAUGGAGUUCCUUGCCGUUCAUCUCCCACCUUCUCCACAACCAGGAAGCCCCAUCAGCUCUAUUCGCACAAGCGAAGAGUUUUUGGCUAACUCAGAUCCCUUGAACAACAGUCCGUCUUGUCGAAACGACCCAAACCGGAACCCGUUUAGAAGUUCUUUCGACUUUAUUGGCGGCGAAGACAGCGGUGAUGAAGACUCGGAUGGGCUUUACGACUCGGACCAUCUUACCGAGAUGGAGAUGUCUCAAAGUUCCUAUCGCGAUAGCUCCAGUUCGUUGAACGGGAACGAUGAACUGACGAGCAUCUUGAAGGAGGCUGGCGCAGUACAGGAGGACAACACGGAGCGUACAAGUGAUGUGAGUCAAAGUGGACAGCGUGCAGACCCGGCGUCGUUACCGGUAUCUGUUCGAGAUCCAGUGUACCCACCUCAUGACUCUGCAGCACCAAGACGAGGCGGUCGAACUGGAGUCUCUCGUUCGCGUGGCGUCCAGAAGAUGGGGAGAUACAUGGGCAAAGCUGUCGGUGGCGGUAUCUCGAAAGUCGGUCAUGUGGGUCGGAGUAUUCUACACGUCGGCAAGUCCCAAGGUAGCAAUCAACAGUCUGGAGAUCACCAUAGCGAUGAUCCCGCAGCAGUUGAGUUGCUAUCUGCAGGCUAUUCCUUCUCAUCCGAGUCUCAAAGCACGAAGAAGUAUGUUUGCGGAUACUUACACAAGAUCAGUGACAGUAAAUGGGGCAAGAAGCGAUCGUGGCAUCGAAGAUGGUUCGUGCUGGAUCGUCAGCGUGGUGUGCUCUCCUACUACCGACACAACCCAGCCAACCACAUGCCAACGUCUUCAUCGCAAGGCAAUAUCGUUCACAUGGCAGACUCCCCAGUCCCGAUGGGCAAAGGUAUCAGCACCUCUAGCCAACAAACUGAGACGAAAAGACAGUCGUUUGGGUCUCCCACCCACGGUGAGGUAGACAACAGUGACAGUACUGGACGUCUAAGUGGAUCGAAAGAAGCGAAAGAAGCCGAGUCAAUCGUCCGAAAUGCCGCAACUAUCGAUGAACUGAUGAAGCCAGAGCAAGACCCAACACCGGAGCAACAAACGCUGCUGUACCUGAAUGAAGCACAUCCAUGGUAUCGCGGCGCGUUGGAUUUAAACAUGGACAACGUGUCGCUGUUGUUCGAGAAAAACCUCGCAAGGAAUGCCCCGACUCGCUAUUUCUUCCAGGUCUCAACGCUCUCUCUGCACGAUAUUGACUCGAAACGAGGUGUCCAAUACAAGUUGUGUGCAGACACCGAGACAGAUUUCGAUCUCUGGACUUCUGCGAUAGCCGAGGCCAUUAACCGGAAAGACUCGCACAAUGAAAAAGCGAAUAGUGGCGCUCCCGUGCUCUCCCAUCAACAGCUUUAUCGCCAGCGUCUCCAGAAGCAAAUGGAGGAGCAAGCGUCUCAGCAGCGUGAAGCAGAGAGCACUCCUGAAGCUGCGGUUGACAAUGACCAUGACUCCCCACCUCCAACGCUCGGACGAGUCUCUCCAGCUCUUCACAAUGAGGAGCAGAACACUCCAGCCCCAAGUGAUUUUUCUCCUUUAUCGCACCCAAAGCGAAAGAUUCCUCCUCGAAUCGUGACUCAAUUCUCCUCUGGACCAGACAGUGGAGUGCCGGACGCUUCUUGUUGGCAUCUUCACAUUCAUGUGGACGGCACCAAACAGUGUCUAAUCGUCGGCUUUAUGCUGAACAUCGUGGCCAUUCGAUGCCUUGCAAGCGAGCAUGUGCUGUGGAAAUUGUUCGUCUGUCUCGCUGUCUCGGGGAUGUUCAUCACCAGUAUUUACAACCCGAGACCAGUGCAGCGUCUUCGUCACGGAAGCAUGGGAGGAAGCUUCUCAGACUUGAAAGGCGGCAUCGAUACGGCUUUACUUGAGACGGACAUCGCACAAUGCAGUAAUCCAGAGAAUUGUUGUCUGCACAAGGCGUCGAGUCCGACGGGAGCAGACGCAGACGGCAAUGAGAAUAACUGUGCAGAAGGAACAGGCGAGACUAGACGACGUUGCAGUGGAGCCGGCAAUCGACGCUUUGUCAAGUUCCCAAUGGGCAGCACCAUGACGCAAUGCGAGAUGCAAGCAAAUGGGCGGUCGAGUAACGUGGAACAUUCGUGGACGACCACAAAUGCUGAAACUUUCACUGUUCGCAGCUCCGACUACAAGAAAUCGCGGAAGAAAGAGCCUUCCAAGCCAGCACUUUUCGAGUUUAUUGGUGCUGAUCUCGUUCGAACGGAGAGUAAAGUGGAUCUCAUCUCGCAGCGCGUGGAAUUUCCACCCGAACAUGAAAACAGUCGGCUCUUCAUCAUCAACGCUCAGCUCCCGUCGUAUGGCCCGAGCGUGUGGGGAGAUGGCUCCUACGAUGGUCCAGGCUACAGCUUGGCUCUCUACUGGAAGAUUCCAGACGAAAUCGCCGAGGAGUUAAAGAACCCGACGACGACAACUCUGAAGCUCUUCAAGCGGUUCUUGGAGGCUGGCGACGACACGUCACUGACCGAUCGCUUCAAAGUCAUCGCGCAAGUGACCAAUCAAGACGAAUGUGGCAUCACGGGUAUGGCCAAGAAGCUGCUCGUGAGCCACAACGCGACGCCGGUGCUCACACGACCCCAGCAUCGCAUUUACCACUUUAAGGACGGCACCACGGAGAUUGUUGUGGACGUCCACGCGUUCUCGUACAUUGCGCGUCGCGGUAUCCACUCGCUGAUCGACAAGACUUCGCGUCUGGUGAUCGACGUCGCCUUCGUGAUCCAGGGCGAGACAGAGGAGGAAUUACCCGAGCAGGUGCUCGGCUGCUGUCGCCUCGACCGCGUCAACGUACAGAAGGCGGCGGAUUUGCCGUAGCGGACAACGAGACGUGUACAUUAGCGACAACGGAUGAAGGAGCACAAUGUUUUGAUGGAGGAAAGGUCAGUAUUUCUAGUUAUGCAUCAAAUACUUGGAAGAUAUCAGCCCCGAAAGAUGGUUGACAGAAAAUAAAAAUCAUCAUUCCUUUCCUCAAACGCA